CACGCAGGCGCCCCAAGGAUACUGAUUUUUUUACAAAACAGAUUGAGAACAACAUUCUAAAACAUGAGCGUAAUCUACUGAUUUUCUGGUGGUUGAUAUUAGCUUUUUCUUAAGUUAUUUUUCAAAAUCAGGACAUUUAUUCUGAAGUCAGGGUAAAUCCUUUCCAAGCUUUAAAAACCUAAUCUUACUCCAUUCACUUUGCGUCGCCUGUGUCUCUUAUUUCCUAAGUUUGUAAUUGCUUUUCAGGUUCUUUUGUAAUUUCCCCCAGAAUACUUAGUAAAUAAUUUUGUUAAAAUAUUUAUUUACUGUUUCUGAAUUAAAACUAUGUUUUCCUUUAACGCUUCUUUUCUUCUCUCUCCUCAUGAAUGUUCCUUCUUUGGCAAUUGUCUUUAAAGUGAACCUAUCCCUGCUUCGCGCUCUGUGGCCUCCCAGCCUGUAAUGGCAAGACUUCCUAGUCCCAGUGUAGCUAAGAGCACUGUACAGCCUGCCAGAUUACAGGCAUCUGCUCACCACAAAGCUUUAGCCAGAGACCAGGCAAAUGAGGGUAAAGAUUCUGCUGAACAAGGUGAACCUGACUCCUCCACUCUGAGCUUAGCAGAGAAGUUGGCCUUGUUUAACAAAUUGUCCCAGCCAGUCUCAAAAGCUAUUUCUACCCGAAACAGAAUAGACAUGAGACAGAGGAGAAUGAAUGCUCGCUAUCAAACUCAGCCGGUCACGCUUGGAGAGGUGGAACAGGUGCAAAGUGGAAAGCUCAUACCUUUUUCACCUACUGUUAACACAUCUGUGUCCACCAUGACACCUACAGUCAUGCCAAUGUAUGCAGGGGAUCUCCGGACAAAGCGGUCUGUGGACGACAACAUGAGUGCCACUGACUAUAAGUUUCCUUCUUCGAUCGAAAAUUCAGAUUCUCCGGUUAGAAGCAUCCUGAAGUCCCAAGCCUGGCAGCCUUCAGCAGAGAGUAGUGGGAGCAGAGGAAUGUUGAGAGAGUUUGCAGAGACAGAAAGCAAGAGAGUCCUGACAGGUGGAGAUGGUGGUAAAAAGUACGGGUCCUUUGAGGAAGCAGAGCCAUCCUGCCCUACCUUUAACAGAGUCCGGGAAGGAGACAGCCUUAAGGAACCCAAAUACGCUGUUCCAAGAAAGGGCAGCCUGGAACUAGCCCAUCCUCCCAUCGCCCACCUUGGUGAUGAACUGAAGGAAUUCUCCAUGGGUAAAAGCAUCGCACAGGGGAGCCCGGACUUGAAGGACAGGCAGCCCUUUGAAGAGAAGGUCGACAUGGAGAAUGUCCCAAGAAGGAAGUUUUCGCUAAGAGCGGCAGAGUUCGGGGAGCCCGCUUCUGAGCAGACGGGCACAGCUGCCGGGAAGACUGUGGCCCCGACCGCAGCCCCCGUGUCCUGGAGGCAGCACGAUCCUGCAGAACCGGGGCAGGAGAAGUACUGCAGGAAUCCAUGUGCGAUGUUCGCUGCCGGAGACAUCAAAGUGCCCGCGGUGGAGGGCAUCCUUGAUUCAGCUAGCAAAACCAUGUCCAUUAAAGAAAGGUUAGCGCUAUUGAAGAAGAGUGGUGAAGAAGAUUGGAAGAACAGACUUACCAGAAAGCAGGAGUAUGGCAAGGCGUCUGUCACCGGCAGCCUGCACAUACAAGAAGCAGAACAGUCCCUCAAGAAGAAGGAAGAAGGAGGAUUUGCAGAUGAUAGUGCCAUUUCUAAUCUGCUUUGGGAACCUGUAUAUGCUUCUACUUAUUCUCCUGCUAUACCUGCUGCCCAUAAACACCUGUCUUUUGUAUCUAUUAAUCAGGUAAGUCAGGAGCCCAAGGAAUACGCCAGAGUGUUCCUGCUCCCGCUUGGGAACAGUGCUAUCUUUCUAAGCUUGAUAAAGGAAGAUGUGGAGAUGUGGUGGAGGCAGUUGGGUGUGGACGGGCCGGAGAGGAAGAUACAGAAAAGAAGAGGCUAUUCAGACAGGAACUGCUUGCAGUGA